UAGAUUUCGUACUUCCGCCACCCAGCGUGGAGAGACCAAACAAAGUGGCUGCGCAGUAGUAGUUUAGCAGAAGUUGUUUUCUUUAAUAUUACCCGCGUGUGGGUUAUAUAAUCAGCUGUAAAAGUAAAUAAAAUCGCAGGGAAACAUGGCGGAGAGUGACUGGGACACAGUGACCGUUCUGAGGAAGAAAGGAUCCGCAGCGCAGGCCAAAUCCAAACAGGCUGUAACCGCCGCUCAGAGACGAGGAGAAGCCGUCGAAACUUCCAAGAAAUGGGCUGCUGGUCAGAAUAAACAGCAUGUUAUUACCAAGAACACAGCCAAACUGGACAGAGAAACUGAGGAGCUCCAUCAUGAUAGAGUGUCUGUUGGGGUGGGCAAAGUCAUACAGCAAGGCCGGCAAAAUAAGGGCAUGACCCAGAAGGAUUUGGCCACGAAAAUUAACGAGAAGCCGCAGGUCAUUGCAGAUUAUGAAUCUGGAAAGGCCAUUCCCAAUAAUCAAGUGAUGGGAAAGAUUGAGAGAACAAUUGGACUUAAACUCCGUGGAAAGGAGAUUGGGCUGCCUUUUGAUGCAGGUCCCAAGACGAAAUGAACAAAAAAUCCUCGAAAUCCACCACUUUGCAUUUAGAUUCUCAUUAUAGCCAUUUCAAUCACUUUAUAUAUGCUGCUGCCGCCUCAUAUGUUUUCCUAAACCAGUAAUAAAAAUCAUUUCAGUGGUGGACCAAAUGUCAUUUAGGUGACAAUUUAAGAAUCUUUGCUUACAUGGUUUUAUGAAUGCUGCAUACAUUAAGAACACUUUUUUUUUUCUUAAGGUUUAUAAACAUGCCAACCAGUCUACUGUGUUCUUUACGGUUUGAUUUUAUGCUUGCCUUCAAGAAAUAAAAUUGAAUCUUUUGGACUUGA